AUGCAAAAUUUUGAUACAGUAAUGUUUUACUAUGUGAUUUUAGUGAAUGUCACUUUUUGUCAUUUUCAAAUUUCCCGCGGUUCUGUCCCCGUAUGUUCCGACGUCGCAGGGGACGGAACCCAGAUGACAGAUGCCGGCAUCCACCGGAUUACAUUGCCGGGGACACUGCAGGAGGGACAUCGCGGGAGCGCAGGACAAGGUAAGUGAUCGAGGGAUUGCGGAGCAGCGUUGCAUGGUAUGCUCUAGUGUAGCUCAGGGUUACCACUUGUGCUACACUCGGGAAUACCGCCAGGGAGGCUA